GGAGGCUCUUGUUUGAGCAGAACAAGGGGGCGUGUGUUAGAUUUAUUGGUUUCCUUCUUAUUUGAACCCGCCUUCAUCUCAGGAAAAGCCAGUGUGCUGACCCUCCAUCCACUGCUGCCACCAUCAGAACUUGUCUCAGCGACUUGCGUUUACAACAAGCUUGUGGAUUUUCUGUCUUCUGCAAAAAAGUGUUUCUUAAACUCAACCAAAGGACCCAUGUGGGUGGUGGAGAAGAUCCGCAUGUCAGUGGAGAGGUCAAGCCUUCCUUUUCCUUCAGCAGAGUUCAGCUUUAAAAUCGGUGAUAUCAUGUUUGGAGAAAAAGCUGACAAGUUCAAAAAGAUUUCUCUGUGUCCAAAUAUCAUCACCCCUGACAACAUCCCGGAGUUCUGCAUUCCACCGACAAUCAUGUCCCUGCUGGAGGUGAAGAAUACGGAGCAGAGAGGAGCGACUCGCACUUUCAAGGUGCCUCCGUGUGGGAGAUCCAGCCCUGAAACAGAAGUGGUUUUUCACAAGCCGCUCAGUCCACACGUUAUUCAAAUAGAAAGUGUGGAUGAAAUCCCCUAUGAUGGUUGCAGUGAUGAGGAAACCACUAAUGCAGAUCCCCAGAGCCAAGCUGCCCUGUCUCUUCCCCACCUGGCUAAAGCUCAGACCAGUUACGGCUUUUGCACUUUGUUAGAGAGCCCCCACACCAGGAGAAAGGAGUCAAUUUUCCAUUCUGAUCCUUGUUCAUCCCCUCUGCUGCUGCCCAGGAGUCGAUCCAGUACAUGCACCAUGAGAGUCUCCCCCUCCCCCUCUCCUUCAUCUUCUCCCUCUUCAUUUAGCCUCAACAGUCUGACCUCCAAGCUCUCUCCGAGAGGCUGCACCCUGAAGUGGCAGCACCCCCUGGACAGUGAUACAACUUCAUCUACCGAAUCCUCCCCCUUUAGCUCACCGUUGCUGAACAGGUCCCCUGGCAAGUCUUCCCUUUUCAAAGCAUUAAGCCACGAACUAUUGUUGUCAAGAAACCUGAGGAAGGCAAUGGUGUCCAGAAACAACUCCCUGUCCACAGAUGAGGGCAGCUCUACUGACAACAGCCCAAACAUCAUGAGGAGGGCAUCAGAAGGGCUACCUGAAGGACUCCCCAACAGCUACAGUCUAGCACCACCCAACAUCUUCCCCAUGGACCUGACACUGCACAGAGAGCGAGUGAUGAAGGAAAGAAUGGUACCCGUUGGCAAAGAUGGCAGUCUGAGACUUUCAGCAGAGUACUGCCUUGAAAACCAAAGGCUGAGGGUUCGACUGAUCAGUGCCGAGGGCCUUUAUCCCCUUUCCGUGGAUCCCAAAAUUAUCAACUGCAGCGUCAGCCUCUCACUUGUCCCUGGAAAAGUCCAGAAGCAGCGAAGCACCGUCAUCAGAAAAAGCCGGAACCCCAUCUUCAAUGAAGAUUUCUUCUUUGACGGAAUCUCAGAGGAAGACCUGAGUCAGCGAUCGCUUCGUUUUAAAGUAGUGAACAAAAUGUGCACCCUGAAAAGAGACUAUCUCCUCGGUGACUGCGAUUUACCGCUUUCAAGUAUUGUAACAUCAUGAACUUUGAAAGUAUUGAAUGGUUUUGAUGGGUGUUGGGAUAUUUAUUUUCAGUUUUGUAUGGCAAAUCAACAUUUUUUAUGAAAUAAAUUAUUAUGAAAAAUA